AUGGAGCAAUGGAAGGCGAGAAAAGUAGGUAAAGAGAUCGGAUCUGAAUUGGCGUGGCAAAUUGGAGCGAUUGAUUCAAGUUUUGUGCCAGUUUUUUCGAUGACAGGUCUUCUGGCAUUCAUGCCUGCUAAGGUUUUGAUGACGGGAAAAGACGAUAUGGUGGUUGCCGGAACUAGGACUAUGGCCGGAGAGCGGUCACUCAAGGGUAGGAUCAGUAGCAAUAUAUUUGUAUGCAACACAAUCUCAAAUGCUUCAACUAGGUUGGAGGGUAAGGUGGCUCUCAUCACUGGUGCAGCUGGUGGCAUUGGUGAGGAAGCAGCAAGACUUUUUGCAGCGAAUGGAGCUUUUGUUGUCGUAGCUGAUAUUCAAGAUGAAUUGGGUCUUCAAGUUGUAGCCUCAAUAGCUUCAGAAAGAGUCUCUUACUUCCACUGUGAUGUGAGAGACGAAAACCAAGUUGAACAAACAGUAAGUUACACAUUGGAAAAAUACGGCAGCCUAGACGUUUUGUUCAGCAAUGCAGGCAUUAUGGGUCCAAUGACCGGCAUUUUAGACCUCGACAUCCAAGGUUUCGACAAUGCAAUGAUCACAAAUGUCCGCGGAGUAGCAACAACAAUCAAGCACGCAGCUCGUGCCAUGGUUGCUAGAAAACUCCGUGGAUCCAUUAUAUGCACUUCAAGCGUUGCAGCAUCACUUGGAGGUACAGCUCCACAUGCUUAUACGACAUCGAAAACCGCCUUAAUCGGGUUGGUGAGAUCGGCUUGUAGUGAGCUUGGUUCAUAUGGGAUUCGAGUGAACUGCAUUUCCCCAUUUGGUGUUGCAACCCCUCUUUCGUGUAACGCUUAUAACUUGGCGCCGAAUGAGGUCGAAGCCAAUAGCUCUGCCAUUGCCAACUUAAAGGGGACUGUGUUGAAGGCUAGGCAUGUCGCAGAGGCAGCUCUGUUUCUUGCAUCCGAUGAAUCGGGUUACGUUAGCGGGCACAACUUGGUAAUUGAUGGAGGCUUCUCGGUGGUUGAUCACAGUUUUUCACCCAAUUAACUUAAUCUGUGGUUAGUUGUCUGCUCAAGGAA